AUGGCCGGCAGCAGCCGCGGAAGAGCGCCGGUCGACCACUCACCGCAGGCGCUGCCCACCGCUCUCAGCCCUACUAGUGAAGGAAAAGUCGCUGUUGCUGCCGACAGGCCGUCCGUCUCAGGCUCUCCCUCGCCUCCUUUUUAUGAACAUCGUGAUUGGACAGACCUCCUCGAUGUCAUGCUUCACCAAGUCAUUGCUUUCCUGAGUUCAUUCCAAGACUUUCUCGCCUUCGCCGGCACCUCCAAAUCUUGGCGCUCCGCGGCCUCUUCAUUUCCAUCUAUAUAUACAUCCACCUUUCCCCCGCUCCACCUCAAACCUGAUGCCCGUUAUGCUCGUCGACAGCAGGACAGUGCCACGCGCAUCCUUUUGUCGAAAUGCAAAUGGCAGCUUGUUGAUCCUUCCAGGACAGCUUUGCCCCCUCGAUGUUUGGCCCCGCGAAAUGCUCCAAGUUCAGCGCGCUAUUUAGGUUCCUCAUACGGGUAUCUUAUAUUCUUUGAUCAGACACAUUGCCUACUUGUCAAUGCGUACACUGGCACUAAAACGAAAUCUCCCAAACUCCGACCUGGCAACAACUUUGGGAACUACUAUUAUGGGAUUCUCACAGCUCCGCUCAAUUCGUCCAACUCGUGUCUUCUCCUUUGUUCGAACACCUCUAUGUUCCAGUGGAAGUCUGGAACACCCUCAUGGGUUGAGCAGCCAUUUGCUUCUGGUGGUGCUCGCAUCCUUCAGAUCGUGUUCUUCAAAGGUCAGAUGUUUGCCAUCGACUUUCUUCAGAGAAUCCACAUUAUGCAAUUUUUGCCUCAGCUUGCCAUGCAUGAAGUAGCAGCUGUUAGGGGAGAGGACAUGGUUAUUGGCCUCCAUUUCAAGCCAUGGUUGGUGGUAUGUGGCGAGAGGCUUCUCCUGGUUGACCUAUCGGUAGUCUCUGACGAACUAUAUGGCAUCCAUGGUAAAUUUCAAGGCUUUCACCUUGACUUGUCAACGGAACCAGCCAAGUGGGUGGAGAUAGAGAAGUUGGAGAAUUGGACACUCUUUAUUACCUUUGAUAGGAGGAACCCUACAUUUUCUUGCAUGAGCCCCGAGAGGUGGGGAGGAAAGAGCAACUGCAUUUAUGUUGCGAGACCUAUUGAAGGUUCGGAUGAACCUUGGACUGCGAUCGAGCUUGGUCAACCAGUGCCGAGCACAACCAGAGCCAUUUCAUCCAGUCUAAUGAGACCGCCGGGGGAUGAUGGCCAUUACAGUCAACUGGAGAACCUAUGGGUGCUCCCGAGCUCCGUUUAUGAUUUCGGACAGUGA